UCAAGAUGGCAGCUCCGCGCCGGCCUUGCUGGCCGCGGUUGUUCCUGUGGAAGUUGUGGCAAACCCGGAGGUUUCCACAGAAUUCGGCGAUACACCCGGACCUGCGAGCGAGGACUUACUCCGGAGGAGACGGCCCAUACUCGCGCACGGCGCUUUACGAGCUGCUCGGCGUUCCCUCUACGGCCACCCAGGCGCAGAUCAAGGCGGCUUACUACCGGCAGAGCUUCCUCUACCAUCCCGACCGCAACUCGGGGAGCGCCGAGGCUGCCGAGCGCUUCACGCGCAUCUCCCAGGCCUACCUGGUGCUGGGCAGUGCCACCCUCCGUCGCAAGUACGACCGCGGACUGCUCAGCGACCAGGACCUACUCGGGCCGGGCGUCCGGCCCUCGGCCGACCCGGCUCCCCGCGCCCCGCCGUCCAGCUGCCGGGCCCGUGAGGCUGGCGGGGCCGCCUCGGGCGCCCCCCGCACCAUGUUCAACUUCGACGCCUUCUACCAGGCUCACUACGGAGAGCAGCUGCAGCGCGAGCGGCGCCUCCGGGCCCGGCGGGAGGCUCUUCGCAAACAGCAGGAGGACCAGGCCAAGAAGGGGUUCCAGUGGGAGGAAACCCGGGACACGACUUUCAUUUUUCUUCUCCUCUUAAUAUUCAUCCUCAUCGGCCUUCGUAUUUGAUGAGAGACGGGAAGGGCAGGAGAAUUGCCCAGCCAGCCCCUAGAAAACGCCCUUUCCUGUCCUCUGAACCAUUGGCCUUGCGUAGUCUACUUCUGUUGGGGUCCGAAGGGAUGUGCCCCUUGACCUCCCGAACCUGCCCAUCCUAACUGGUGACCUGCACAUCCCUGCGGUCCAGAAAAGGAGGCUUAUCGAUGCCCAAGAGGCCCCAGCAUGAAGAAUCCCAAAGGCCCCAAGUGGAGAGUUUUCGCGAGUCCCUUGGUUGCCUGCUUCCAGAGGUCGCCUUCCUGAUGUCCACUUCAGGAAUUCUCACUCUGGCUUGAUCCAAAAGCCCUGAGCAAUAUUUGUCUGCUACUGCCCCGUAUUUGUGUCUCGGGGCUCCUGGGUAACCUUGAAACGUGCAAUAUGCCCAGUUGUUGGCUGCCAAAAGAAAAAUUCUGGGGCUGUACAACACUUGUCUUUCUGUGUGUUCCCCACGCCACAGAUGUGGACUGAUCCAGUGUAAGGAUGUGGUCCGUGGAGAGCUUGCUGCUCCUCAAGGGUCUGCCCCACACCACUCUCCCUUCAGUUGGUGGCACAUGGGAGUGAGAAAACAAGGUCAUCAGGCAUAA